AUCCUUCUACCAUUUGUGUUCCGAUGAUUGAACUCAGGUUAUCAGGCUUGGUAGCAGAUGCCUUUACCUACCCAGCCAUCUCACUGACCCUAAAUUAUACCUUUUAGAAAGAAUAAAGAUGCUUAAAGAGAUGGCUCAGACAUUCAGAGCACUUGUUGCUCUCCCAAAGGGCCCAGGUUUGAUUCCCAACACACACGUGGUGGCUCACAUUUCGUGGGGACCCAACACUCUCUUCUGGCUUCCACAGGCAUCACGCAUACACAUGGUACACAGACAUAUAUGCAGAAAAAACACCAACCCACAUAAAAAAAUUAUUGUGUUUUCGUUUUCUAUUAUUAAUUAAACUUAUUCAUUAAUUUUAUAUGUGACAACAGUUUUCCCCUCCCUCCUCUCCUUCUAUUCCAACUCCUCCCUCUCCCCCCGCCCCACUUUUUAACUACUACUCUGUUUCUGUUCAGAAAGGGACAGGCCUCCCAUUAGGUGUCAGGAAAACAUAGCAUAUCAAGUUGAGGUAGGACUAAGCUCCACCCCUUGUGUUAAGGCUGGGCAAGGCGACCCAGUGUGAAGAAUGCAUUCCUGGAAGCCAGGCCAAGCUUUAGAGAAAGGCCCUGCUUCCACCACUAGGAAUGCCACAAGUAGUUCAAGCUCCACGACUGUCACCCAGUAGAGGGCCUGGGUCAGAACCAUGCAGGCUCCCUAGCUGUUGGUCCACAGCCUGAGAGCUGCUAUGAGCCCAGUUUGGUUGUUUCCGUGGGGUCCCUUGUGAAGGCCUUGACCCUUCUGGCUCCCACAAUCCUUCCCUCCCUUCAACAGGAUGCUCUCAGCUUAGCCCAGUACUUGGCUGUGGAUCUGUUUCCAUCCGUCACUGGAAGAAGGCUCUCUGAUGACAAUUUGGAGUAGUCACCAAUCUGAUUACAGGAGAUGGCCAGUUCAGGCUAUGUACCCAUAAUGCUGGGAUCUCAGCUGGGGUCAUCCCUAGUAUAUUCAUGGAAGUUUCUCUUGCACCAAGUUUUUACCUGAUCCCAAGAUGCACUCCACCCACAUUUAAAUGUCUCUUUCAAUACUGUCCCCCUACCCCCAACCCAAUCCCUCUUUUUCCCAUCGACCCAGCUGCCAGUCUACCCAGGGGAUCUCUUCUAUUUCCCCUUCCCAGGGAAAUCCAUGUGUCCCCAUCCAUCAUGUGGGCCCUCCUUGUCACCUAGCUUCUCUGGGGCUGUGGACUGUAGCAUGGAUGUUUUAAAACUCCAACUAUUUUGCUUGCAUUCAACAGUUAUAUCAAGGUGUCAUAUCAACUUGGUGGGGUCUUAUAAAACAACUCUUCAAAUAAAGAGUCUCAUUUCCUUUUCUAUCAUUAACUACUGGCUCCAGUGAUUUUUACAUGGUAGGCUAUCCCCCUACAGUCAAAGAAGAGUAGAAUACCAGGCAAGGCUCCAAGAUCUCAAAAGUCCUCUGAUUAUACUCUCCGUAGGACUGGUCUCUGUGAGAUUGCAGCUGAAUCAUAUUAUCAUCAUCAGAAAUAAGAGGUAACAGAGUGAAACACAGUGAGCUGGAGUUCAGAGACUUUGGUCCUGUUACAAGCCAUAAUUUGUAGACUUUGGAUAAGUCAGGUCACCUUCUUAGGUCGUGAUUUCCCAAAUAAAGGAAUUAUUCUAAGAUUCACAACCACAAAACUUUGCCUCAGGACACUGACUAGAGACACAGGAUUCAGGAGAGGUGUCUGGGAAGCCCAGUUCCAUUGUUCCUCCUCAACCAAAGUAUUAGUCACUUUUACCUGUGUGUGUCGGUCUUCUGGGUGAGCCUUGGUUUGAAAAGGUAAUUUGAUGCCUUGGUACACUUUCAAAGCUAUUUUGAUUACUUACAAUCAACAACAUUGAUUAGCAUCACCUACACUUACAUGUUAACAUUUUUAACUGUUCAUUUCAGUAGUUGAAUUAGGCAAUGAAAUUUUCAGCAAGGCCUUCAGCACUACAUUCUUCUUUAACUCUGCACUAUUCACUGAACCUCAGAAUCUGUAGAAUCCUGACCUCCUCUCACUGCAGCUGGAAGGAAACCAGUACAGCAGAACACUUUAAAUCUGUAUCCUGUGUCCUUAGGGAUGAUACAUUCUCUCAACAUCUGCCUGGGACUCAUUGUUCACAGUCCAGUGUCUAGUGUACACUCAUGGGGAUCAAAAACAAUUAUUCAUGCCCUACCGUGUUCAGACACUGUUCUAAUCUUUAGAAAUAUUGUGAGGGUUGGAGAUUUGGCUCAGCAAUUAACAGUACUAACUCCUCUUGCAGAAGACCUGGUUCAGCUCUCAACACUCACAUCAGGUCACUCACAACUGCCUGUAACUCUUAGUGAUCUGACACCCUCUUCUAAGGAUGCCUGCACACCCAUGGUGCACAUAAACUCAUGUAGACACACACACAUAUACAUGAAUAAGAUGUUUUUACUUUUUAGCAAAAAGAGAACUUGAAAUAUAUACCAUCAGACAUUACCAACUAAUGAAGGGACAGGGUAACUAACAAAAAACUACAAAACAUUAUGUAAUGAUUAAAAACAAAGUAUUAUGUCAUUCUUGAGUGCAUGACCCCAUUCUUCAGUUUCUAACUAGCACAAAUUGGACUCAGUGAGUUUAAAAAAAAGAGACAUGAAGCUAGGAAAGGGUGGGUGAAUUGGGGAGAAGUUAGGGGAAAAGUGGGGGUAAAUGUGACCGGAACACAUGUAUCCAUGUAUGAAUUAAUAAAAAUAUUACUGUGUUAAAGUAUAUUGUGGAAUAGUGUGGCAGAGUGUUAUGUGGCAUUGUCUAAUGAGUUAGUGUCUUAGAGAAGAUUUCAAGUAGUCUGGAAAAGAGGCAGCCAUUAGAGAAGUGGUAAAGAGAGACCCUAGGGAAGGAGGACUCCCUGGUACCUAACUUUUGUAGCUAAUACACAGGCUACUGGGGAAAUUUGUCACCAGUAGUUCUACCUGCCUAAAGACUCUGCCACACUCUCAACCUGCUGGUUAACAACUGCCCACUGGUAGAGAACGGGGCAUCCCAUCUUUGUGUCUUAGCGAUUGUGGUGUUGAUCACCUGGGAGCAAAAUAUAAAUGGGUGGUGUUGAGAAAGGCAAGAAGAUCUUUGUUCAGAAGUGUGCCCAGUGCCACACUUUGGAAAAGGGAGGCAAGCAUAAGACUGGACCAAAUCUCCAUGGUCUGUUUGGGAGGAAGACAGGUCAGGCCACUGGAUUCUCUUACACAGAUGCCAGCAAGAACAAAGGCAUCACCUGGGGAGAGGACACCCUGAUGAGGUAUUUGGAGAAUCCCAAAAAGUACAUCCCUGGAACAAAAAUGAUCUUUGCUGGAAUUAAGAAGGGAGAAAGGGCAGACCUAAUGGUUUAUCUUAAAAAGGCUACUAUUGAGUAAUUCUACUGCCUUAUUUAUUACAAAACAAAUGUCUCAUGGCUUUUAAUGUGCCAUAAUUUAAUUCAUACAUCAAAAUUCAGAUCAUAAACGACUAACAAUGUUUUUGUUGGGACAGUCCUGAUUUAAGUAAAACUGACUUGUAGUAAAGUGGAUAUGAUCUUUUUAAAAAAUAACAAUUCCAGUCAUAUACUAUCACAGCUCUCCCUUUCUCAAGAUCAAAUUGUACUUAUUAAAGUUCUACUUUCCACAAAGAUGGGGUGUCACCUGAAACCUAUUGAAUGGUUUUAUGCUUAAAUUUAUAUAAGUAGGAAUAUGAAUAUAUUUAAACACUAGGAAAAUUCUAUCACUCUCUCAGAAACAAGAAGACUCACCUGUGUUUCAGUUUGUAUUCACUGACCUGUUACAGGCAAUGGAACGUCAGGUAGCAACUGUCUAUUCUUGACUUGAUGAUGUCAUUUUAAUUAGA